UCUUGAGGACUGCUUGACGCUAUCAACGAUACAGAGCUCGGCACAAGCUCGAGUGGAGCUAUCAGGCCGCCGCGCCACUUGCAUACACGAUGCGCCCAACACCAUGGAUGACCUCGCUGGUGACUCUGCUGAGUCUGGCGGGGCCAUCUAUGGCAUACAAGACCUACGCGAAUUACUCCGUUGCUGAAGCGCCCGAUUCACUCUUCUCCAUCUACGGCGACCGUCCUGAUGGUUGCCCGCCAUGCUUCAACUGCAAUCUUGAGGACUUCAAGUGCCAGCAGUUCGCUGAAUGCAGCAAGGCCAACGGGCGCUGUAGCUGCCCGCCUGGAUUCGGAGGAGAAGACUGUUCGGAGCCGCUGUGCGGCUCUCUACCCAAAGGCAAAGAUAGGUCACCGAGAGGAAGCGAGAAGGAAUGCCAAUGUGAUGAUGGUUGGGCUGGCAUCAACUGCAACGUGUGUCAAACGAACGACGCUUGUAAUGCCAUGAUGCCUGAAGGCGAAGGUGGCGUCUGCUACAAGGAUGGACAACUGGUCAAGGAGAACUUCCAGAUCUGCGACAUUACCAACAAGAAGAUCUUGGAUCAAUUGAAGGAGAAGAAGCCACAAGCCACCUUCUCAUGUAACGCUGAGACGGAAGAAUGUAAUUUCCAAUUCUGGGUUGACCAGCGAGAAUCUUUCUACUGCGCUCUCGAUACAUGUUCCUCCGACUGGACAGCCGAGUCCGACCGUAACACUACCCGAUAUCGAUGCGAGAACAUUGAGUGUGCUUGCGUACCGGACAGGAUGCUUUGCGGAGAGGCUGGCUCUAUUGACAUUGGGGACUUCUUGAAGGAAUCGAUUCGAGGCCCCGCGGAGUUCAAGUCCAUUGCUUCUGAGAGGAGUGGCGAGUCUGGCAGCUCUUUCUCGGAGCCCGCCAUGAACGACCUCAUCUCCAGCAUUUUCGGCGACGAGAGCAUCCUGCUUAAGUGCGACACAGGGGAGUGUCUGUACAGAAACCAGGUCCCUGGAUACGAGCGACCUAUCAAGAAGAUCAACACGCCUUUGAUCGCUGGAGUCAUAGCCGCUGUCGCUCUUUUCAUCGUUGCUGCGAUCCUUGCCAUUUGGUACCUCACCCACCGCGCAGAGAGGAACAAGUACGGUGCUAUUCACCUUUCUGAUGACGAGGAGGACGACAAUGCCAAACUUCUCGCAGACCACAAACCGGCUGCUUUGAUGUUUGAGAAUGUUGGCUACAACCUCAAGGGCAAGCAGAUCCUGUCAGGCAUCUCUGGUGCAGUCCAUCCUGGUGAGCUGCUGGCCAUUAUGGGAGCUUCAGGUGCCGGUAAGACCACUUUCCUGGACAUCCUGGCCCGUAAGAACAAGAUUGGCGCAGCCAGCGGCGACUUCUACCUGAAUGGUGAGAAGAUCCGUGACGAAGAGUUCAGGAAUGUCAUUGGCUUCGUCGACCAGGAAGACACUCUACUGCCUACGCUCACCGUUCACGAGACGAUCCUCGAUUCUGCCUUACUUCGUCUGCCCAAGGAAAUGAGUCGCGCCUACAAGGAACAGAAGGUCGAAGACGUCGAACGUCAGCUCGGAAUCUACCACAUUCGCAACCAGCCGAUUGGCUCUGAAGAGACCGGUCGUGGCAUCUCUGGUGGAGAGAAACGCCGCGUUGGUAUUGCUUGCGAACUUGUAACUUCCCCCAGCAUUCUGUUCCUGGACGAACCUACCAGUGGUUUGGACGCGUUCAAUGCGUUCAAUGUCAUCGAGUGUCUCGCCUCCUUGGUCAAGAACUACAACAGGACCGUUGUCUUUACCAUCCAUCAGCCGAGAUCCAACAUAGUUGCGCUUUUUGACCAACUGGUUCUGCUUGCAAAGGGUAGAGCUGUGUAUUCUGGACCGUUUGGCAGCUGCCAGGCUUACUUCGAUAAUAUUGGCUACACUUGCCCACCCGGUUUCAACAUUGCGGACUACCUGGUCGACCUCACCAUGCACGCUAGCGCCGUCCACCGUCCAAUUGAUGUGGACAGCUCGCUUUUCACCAGAGACGGCAUCAACACCAGCGCGAGCAGUGCGAUUGCAGUCAAGUCCAUACCGAGUGUUACCAACAUGAGCGCGAGCGAGCUAGCUACGAGCCCAGCGAACUCCAGUAUCCGACCUAAGGGCAAGCGGCGGACGUCAAUCAAACAGCAGCAGGAACGCGAGCUCUUCACAAGAAAGAAGAGCUCUGCUCCUGUAGACGGUACGCAGUCCCCCAAGACCGACGAUGAAGGUCCCUACGAUCGUCAAGAAGCUGCCAAAGCACAAUGGCUAAAACUUUCACGUCAACAAGGUGCACCGCCGGCACAGAUCCUCGAUGAUCUUGAUGAGCUUCCUCCCCCUGCCGAUGGUGGCACAGGAACGAACUUGGACGCCCUCAUUACUGCAUACGUAACAUCAGACAUCGCAGCUGGCAUCCACGAAGACAUUUCCAAGUCUGUCGCAAGCGCGAACGAAGCGAACAGUGCGAAUGGUCACGCGGAAGCGAACGGUUUCAUCGCAGCUGGCAAGCUCAAGGGAUAUCGCAAGGUUGGCCUGCUUGGUCAGUUCCUGAUCUUGGCAAGACGUACCUGGCGCAACCUGUACCGCAACCCGAUGCUAAUGCUCACUCAUUACGCUAUUGCCAUCGUGCUUGCAGUCUUCCUCGGCUUCCUCUUCUACGGUCUUACAGAUGACAUCAAGGGUUUCCAGAACCGUCUUGGUCUCUUCGUCUUCGUGCUGGCGCUCUUUGCGUUCAGCAGUCUGACCAUCCUUACCGUCUUCGCUCCUGAAAGGCUUCUCUUCACGCGUGAGCGUGCUAAAGGCUACUACUCCCCACCAUCGUACUUUGCGGCCAAGGUGCUCUUCGACAUCAUCCCGCUGCGUCUUCUGCCGCCCAUCAUUCUUGGCAUCAUCGUCUACCCGAUGACAGGCCUCAUCCCCGCCUGGCCCAACUUUCUGAAGUUCAUCCUUUUCCUGGUCCUCUUCAACCUUUCAGCGGCCGCCAUCUUCUUGUUCAUUGGCACCAUGUUCCGCAACUCUGGUGUGGCGAACUUGGUUGGUGUUCUUGUGAUGCUCUUCAGCCUGCUCUUCUCCGGCUUCUUCUUGAACAAGGAGAGUAUUCCGCCGCUUGCGAAGUGGCUGCAAUCACUGUCCAUCUUCCACUACGCAUUCGAAGGCCUCAUCGUCAAUGAGGUGAAGUAUCUCUCGCUUGUCGAUCACAAGUACGGCAUCGACAUCGAAGUUCCCGGAUCAGCGAUUUUGAGCUCAUUCGGUUUCGACGUGAUGGCGCUGUGGAAGGACUGCAUUGGACUGGGUGUGUUUGCUGGCGCCUUCGUCGUCCUCGCCUACCUCGCCAUGCACUUGCUGCUUGUAGAGAAGAGGUAGUGCGGUUGUAUAGAGGGGACCGAGCGCUGCGCGUUUGUCUUGUUCCUUGUUUGGUUGUAGGGCGCCAGAUGAGGGACCUGUUGUAUGCAUAUGCGGUGUUUUCAUUUCCAGCCAUCUGACUGGACAGUAUAUAUUUGCGGCAGUUCCAUCCCAUUUACAGCAAGAUAUUCUUUCUUGCUCCUGAUUCGCAAUGCAGGCACGGUGCUUGUAUUGAUAGAAGGGUCGAAUCGGCUUCCGAGGACAGUAGGCGCCGGCCCUGCCCGCCCUGGCCGCCCCAUGUACCUCAGUCGACAGCGACUCAUGUCCUUGAACAC